ACUAGUAGCUGUUGGUGUGCUGUGCUGUGGUUUGUUGCAGGAGUCAGCUGCGGGCCGGCCACUUUGCAAAAUGAAGUAUAUCAUAGGUAUCGGAGGUGUGACCAACGGUGGCAAAACCACUUUGACGAAUAGAAUUAGUCAAGUGUUACCAAAUUGCUGUGUCGUACACCAAGACGACUUUUACAAGACACCAGAUCAAAUAGAAGUUGGGGAAGAUGGAUUUAAACAAUGGGAUGUGAUCACAGCCCUCGACAUGGAGGCAAUGAUGAGUACUGUCAACGCCUGGAUUGACAACCCAGUAAAGUUUGCCCGAUCGCACGGAGUGAACGUCACUCCAGCCUCCGAUGAGCAGAGCGAUCCAGAGAAAGGAGUGCAGAUAUUGAUAGUGGAAGGGUUCCUGUUGUAUAACUACAGGCCUUUGGUUUCACUGUUUAGUCGACGUUACUACUUGUCCCUUCCGUAUGAAGAAUGCAAGAGGAGGAGGAGUACAAGGGAUUAUACAGUUCCUGAUCCUCCUGGCUUGUUUGAUGGCCAUGUGUGGCCGAUGUAUCUAAAACACAGGAAAGAGAUGGAGGCCGACAAUAUUGAUGUUGUGCAUCUGAAUGGUUCGAAGUCAAGGGAUGAAAUCUAUCUACAAGUGUAUGAAGAGAUUCAAAAUCUCAUCCUGAAUUCAUAGGGGUUGGUGUACUGAAGACUUUGAAGAUCAAGUUGAAGUUGUAAAUAGUUGUCUGAAACUUUGUCCUCUUAGAUUAGUUGAUUGUAUAUAGACUGGGAAUGGUUUAAAUUAUUUCAAUCUGCCUACAAAGGCAGUUUUUGAUGCUUUAUAAUUUUUUAUGUGGGAUUUUCUGUAACUUUUUACUCAAUGUUUAAUCCUGUAUAAUGAAUAUUGUAAACUAUUACUGAUGGAGUGUUGUAUUUGCCCACUUGUGUAACCGUCUUCUGUUGCACUUGUGCUGUCUGCUCCUCUGCACUGUCUACUUGCCAUUACAGAGACUUGGCAAAGCCUUGUCUUUUAAAGUGAUGUUAAAAGAUUUUCUUAAGAACUGCAGGUCCAAAUUUUGCCCUUCACAUUUGAUGAGAAGCGUGGUUUAAGAUUAGCUCAAAUUAUGUAUAUAGUGAUAGGGACCACGGGGUAAUUUCUGGUGUGGAAGUAUACUCCAUUUUCCACAAAAUUUGACUGCCAGUGCUAGAUGUGAAUUGUGUGGGUUGCAGGUCUUUUUAUCUCCCAUUCUGUUUGUUCUUAGCAAAUUUCAUGUUCAGCUGUUUUGCUUAAACACGUCAACAUUGAAGCUUCCCUUAAACUGUAUCAGCUGUCUCUUUUCUCUCCAAAUUAAAUUAUUUGCUUUGUCUGCUU